CCUUAUAUUGUACUUUCAUGGCAGUGAAUAAUUACAUAAUUACUCGAAUAAUUCAUCAAAAGUUAUUAGAAUUGAUACUCAGGCAUCACAAGAAACUUAAUACAGUAAUCCCAUUUCAUAAUCUUGCAUAGAAUGCCUUGAGACAAUGAACUAGUAGUGAGCAAAGGCGGAAUUGAUUCUAACUUGAAUACUAUUGAGAAAUCAAUCUCUUCCUUCAUACUACAAGAACAAGAAUGCAUGAGAUUCUCUUCUUUUCUCUCUCCAUAUCUAUGAGAACAACCUGCCUAGAAUCUCUUAACAGUGCCUCCAGAUUUCUCUACAAGGAUCUUUUUCACCUCCCAAGUAUUGGAUCUUUGAUCUUUCUACUGUUUUCAACUCCAUACUUAUUUCUUCAAUGGGUGAUCUCAAAGGGUGAAAAGGAUGCCUAGUUUGCUCCAUGGGACCCUUUCUGUGACGAUAUUUGAGGUUGACAGGAUACAAAAUGGGUGUGGAUUCAAUUUCUUCAGCAAGGGUACUGGACAAAAAAGUUGUGGGAAAAAAUUUCUAUCCAAAGUCAAGAGAAUGGUGCUUUGCAGGCGUGAGAUUGUUGGUUCUAGACUCUAUGCAACAGUUGAUCUGGACAAGGCAAGGGUUGGAAGAACUAGAAUGAUAGAAAAUCAACCCUAUAACCCUCAGUGGUACGAGUCCUUCAACAUAUAUUGUGCCCAUUUGAUCUCACAUGUUAUUUUCACAGUAAAAGAUGACCAAGUUGUUGGGGCAGAGCUGAUUGGAAGAGCUUAUAUACCUGUUGAAGAUGUCAUCAAAGGGUACAUUGUUGACAAAUGGGUAGAUAUAUUAGAUGUAUAUCGCAACCCCAUUGGCUCUAGGAUCCAUGUUAAGCUGCACUUCUUGAGUGCUGCCCAUGACAGUAAUUGGUCUCAGGGAAUCAAGAAUCCACGCUAUGAUGGAGUUCCUUACACAUUCUUCAAUCAACGACAGGGUUGCCGGGUUACUCUGUAUCAGGAUGCUCAUGUCCCUAACAGUUUUAUUCCUAGGAUUCCAAUAGAAGGAAAGACCUAUGAAGCUCACAGAUGCUGGGAAGACAUCUUUGAUGCCAUCACUAAUGCCAAGUACCUGAUUUACAUAACUGGGUGGUCUGUUUAUACUGAGAUAACUUUGGUUAGGGAUCCUCAUAGGCGAAAACCAGGAGGUGACCUAAAACUUGGGGAUCUGCUCAAGAAGAAGGCUGAUGAAGGUGUGAGAGUUCUUAUGCUCGUUUGGGAUGACAGAACCUCUGUUGAGGAACUGAAGAAGGAUGGCCUAAUGGCAACCCAUGAUCAAGAAACUGAAAACUACUUCAGGAACACGAACGUGCAUUGCUUUCUAUGCCCCCGCAAUCCCGACGAUGGAAGAAGCAUAAUUCAGGGAUUUGAAAUCUCUACCAUGUUUACUCACCACCAGAAGACAGUGGUUGUCGACUGUGAAAUGCCUGAUAGCACAUCACAGAAAAGGAGAAUAGUGAGUUUUGUUGGAGGCAUUGAUCUUUGCGAUGGGAGAUACGAUACACAAGACCAUCCUCUAUUCAAGACCUUGGACACAAUCCAUCAUGAUGAUUUUCAUCAACCCAACUUUCCUGGCUCCUCCAUCAAGAAAGGAGGUCCAAGGGAGCCUUGGCAUGAUAUUCAUUGCAAGCUAGAAGGACCUGUCGCAUGGGAUGUCCUCUACAAUUUCGAGCAAAGGUGGAAAAAGCAAGUUGGGGAAAGUUUCUUAAUUCCACAACAGACCCUGGAAGAGUAUACAACCCGCCCAUUGCCGGUGUUGCAAUCAUCGGACACUGAUACAUGGAAUGUCCAGUUGUUCCGUUCCAUUGAUGGUGGAGCUGUUGUUGGCUUCCCUACGAGACCUGAGGAAGUAGCUGUAUCUGGCCUUGUCAGUGGGAAGGACAACAUCAUUGACAGAAGCAUUCAAGAUGCUUAUAUCAACGCCAUUCGGCGGGCAAAGAAUUUUAUCUACAUCGAAAAUCAGUAUUUCCUCGGAAGCUCAUUUGGCUGGAAAUCAAAUGAUAUCAAGGUCAAGGAUAUCAAUGCCUUGCAUCUUAUCCCAAAGGAGCUGUCGCUGAAGAUAGCUAGUAAGAUAGACGCAGGAGAAAGGUUUACUGUCUACAUUGUGAUCCCAAUGUGGCCAGAAGGCAUACCUGAGAGUGCUUCUGUUCAGGCAAUACUAGAUUGGCAAAGAAGAACAAUGGAGAUGAUGUAUUCUGAUAUUUCUGAUGCCCUUAGAAGAAAUGAACUUCAACAUCAUCCAAGGGAUUACUUGUCGUUUUUCUGCCUUGGGAACAGGGAGACAAAGAAGAUAGGAGAAUAUGCGCAUCCAGAAACACCGGACCCCGAUUCUAAUUACAGCAGAGCUCAGCAGGCCCGUCGAUUCAUGAUCUACGUUCAUGCAAAGAUGAUGAUUGUUGAUGAUGAGUACAUAAUCAUUGGAUCCGCAAACAUCAACCAGAGGUCAAUGGAUGGCGCAAGGGACUCUGAAAUUGCAAUGGGAGGGUUCCAACCACACCAUUUGGCAACAACACAGCCAGCCAGGGGUCAGAUAAAUGGUUUAAGAUUGGCACUCUGGUAUGAACACCUUGGAUUCAUUGAGCGUUCCUUCCACCAUCCUGAAAGCGUUGAGUGUGUCCAGACGGUGAAUAAGAUUGCUGAUGAACUCUGGGAAAUUUAUGCAAGUGAAGCUUUUGACCAGGAUCUCAUAGGCCACCUCCUUCGCUAUCCCAUUGAAGUGACCAACGAUGGAGCCGUUACAACUAUGCCAGGAACCGAGUAUUUCCCUGACACCAAGGCUCGCAUCCUAGGCACCAAAUCUGAUUACCUUCCUCCGAUCCUCACCACCUAGCUUUAUCUCACUCUCUAAUCAAUAUCACAAAUGUAAUUAUGUAUUAAUUCCUGCAUUAUUGAAUGGACUAUCUCUCAGCAUUAUAAGUGGAAUUUAAUUACAAUAACUUUAUUAGUCAA